GCAGUGGGCGGGGCCGGCGCUAGCCCGGGAGAGGCUCUCCGCCCGCGGCGUAAACUCUACCCUACGCCGCGGCGGAGCAGGUGCUUCUGAGGCAGGACUAUGCUCACAUUCAUGGCAUCUGACAGUGAGGAAGAGGUGUGUGAUGAGAGGACAUCCUUGAUGUCGGCUGAGAGCCCCACGUCACGCUCCUGCCAGGAGGGCAGGCCAGGCCCAGAGGAUGGAGAAAACACUGCCCAGUGGAGGAGCCAGGACAGCGAGGAGGAUUGUGAGGAGGACCCAGACCGCUAUGCCUGCAGUGGGGUUCCUGGGCGGCCGUCGGGCCUGGAGGAAGAGCUGACCCUCAAGUACGGGGCGAAGCAUGUGAUCAUGCUGUUUGUACCUGUCACGCUGUGCAUGAUCGUCGUGGUGGCCACCAUCAAGUCCGUGCGCUUCUACACAGAGAAGAAUGGGCAGCUGAUCUACACACCCUUCACUGAGGACACGCCCUCGGUGGGCCAGCGUCUCCUCAACUCUGUGCUGAACACCCUCAUCAUGAUCAGUGUCAUCGUGGUCAUGACCAUCUUCCUGGUGGCCCUCUACAAGUAUCGAUGCUACAAGUUCAUCCAUGGCUGGCUGAUCAUGUCCUCUCUGAUGCUCCUGUUUUUGUUCACCUACAUCUACCUCGGAGAAGUGCUCAAGACCUACAACGUGGCCAUGGACUACCCCACCCUCUUCCUGGCCGUCUGGAACUUCGGGGCAGUGGGCAUGGUGUGCAUCCACUGGAAGGGGCCGCUGGUGCUGCAGCAGGCCUACCUCAUCGUGAUCAGCGCGCUCAUGGCCCUGGUGUUCAUCAAGUACCUGCCGGAGUGGUCCGCCUGGGUCAUCUUGGGGGCCAUCUCCGUGUACGAUCUUGUGGCUGUGCUAUGCCCCAAGGGGCCACUGAGGAUGCUGGUGGAAACUGCCCAGGAGAGAAAUGAGCCCAUAUUUCCUGCCCUGAUAUACUCAUCUGCCAUGGUGUGGACUGUAGGCAUGGCAAAGCCGGAUCCCUCCUCUCAGGGAGCAUUGCAGCUCCCCUAUGACCCGGAGAUGGAAGAAGACUCCUAUGACAGUUUUGGGGAGCCCUCAUACCCUGAAGCCUUUGAAACCCCCCUUCCUGGCUACCCAGGGGAAGAGCUGGAAGAAGAAGAGGAAAGGGGUGUGAAGCUUGGCCUGGGAGACUUCAUCUUCUACAGCGUCCUGGUGGGCAAGGCGGCAGCCACCGGCAACGGAGACUGGAACACCACACUGGCCUGCUUCAUCGCCAUCCUCAUUGGCUUGUGUCUGACUCUCUUGCUGCUUGCCGUGUUCAAGAAGGCCCUGCCUGCCCUCCCCAUCUCCAUCACCUUUGGGCUCAUCUUCUACUUCUCCACGGACAACCUGGUGCGUCCUUUCAUGGACACUCUGGCUUCUCACCAGCUCUACAUCUGACGGGAGACUGUAAGAUGCAUCUCUGGAUGCAGGUGUAUAGUUUUACAUUCUAGUGCCAUAUAUUUUUUAAAAAACGCAACUUUCCUUUCCUUACAAAAAAAAAGAAAAAAGAAUUUUAAAAAAAGUGUCGUGUUUACUUCGUGACGAGGAAACAGAGGCUGCUCUUUGGUGCUAGCUGUCCUGUCACCAGACUGUGGCUUUCCUGCUGGGACAUCCUUGGCCCCGGUGGGAUGCUCAGCGUGUUUAUCUUCAGGGAUGAGGUCACAUGUGCGGAGCAGGUUGGGGAGGAUGCAGGCCUCAUGCAGGUCUGUUAUCCUCUGGAGUAGAACAGAAGAACCAUGUGCAAAUCAGUGGGGACCAGGAGGCAUGGCCAGGAAGGACACUAAGUGCCAUCACCCUGACCAGAGGCAAAAGAGCCAGUUUGUAGUCAUGGAUGUCCCCAGUGCUUUGUUUGUGAUGUCUCUGUUACUUUAGUCCCUUUAGAAGCUGAGUCCUGUUCUUAUGACAGCAGUGACUGCUGGAGGUGGCUUAGUAUCAAUACCAAUAAAUAGAUGCUCCUGUUGGAA